AUGGAAGGUGUAACAGAAAGAUUUGGAGCUUCAUCUGGACCAAAAAGAGUUGACAAAUUGAUGUUUCUGUGGCAGGGUGAUUUUCUACUCAUUGUUUUAAAGAAUCUGAUUGAGAAGCAAUCUGCUCAGAACACACCAAAAUUGAAAGUUAUCCUUAUGUCUGCAACAGUGGAUUCACAUAUGUUUUCGCACUACUUUGGCCACUGCCCGGUAAUUACUGCAAAAGGCCGAACUCAUCCUGUGUCAACUUACUUUCUGGAGGAUGUCUAUGAAAACAUUAACUACCGCCUUGCCUCAGAUUCUCCGGCCUCAAUAACAUACGAGUCAUCCGCGCCACAAAAGAGUGCUCCUGUUAACAACCGCAGGGGCAUGAAAAAUCUUGUCUUAUCUGCAUGGGGUGAUGAAUCUUUGCUGUCUGAAGAUAGUAUAAAUCCAUAUUACAAUCCAGAUAAUUACCAAAGUUACAGUGAGCAAACGCGACUGAAUUUGAAAAGAUUAAGUGAAGAUAUUAUUGAUUAUGAUCUUCUUGAGGACCUUGUAUGUCACAUUGAUGAAACUUAUCCUGAGGGUGCGAUACUGGUGUUUUUACCUGGAGUUGCAGAAAUUUACAUGUUGCUUGAUAAGCUAGCUGCUUCUUACCAAUUUGGUGGACAAUCUUCUGAAUGGCUUCUCCCAUUACAUUCAUCUGUAGCAUCAGUGGAUCAGAAAAGGGCGUUCCUAAAACCUCCAGAUAAUAUCCGCAAGGUUAUAAUAGCUACAAAUAUUGCCGAGACAAGUAUAACAAUAGAUGAUGUGGUGUAUGUGGUAGACUGUGGAAAGCAUAAGGAGAAUCGGUACAAUCCACAGAAGGAGAGCGUUAGGAAAGUUAGGGUUCUAUUGCCUGCAAUUAAGUUUGUGGUGAUUAUUGGUUGGGGCAAGCUUGUAGAAUUAGGGCUUGAAAGGGUUUUGAGAUUCAGGAUUCCUGGAAAACCUGGACAGCAUAAAUAUCUGGUUCUGGAGCUUCGAACUGUAACCCAAGAGCAAUAUUUGCAGUUUUUUAAUGGGUUUUGGGUUCCUGUGAAACUGUCGAGCAUGGUUGAGGACUGGAUAUCUCAAGCAAAUGCAAGGCAACGACGAGGAAGAGCUGGGCGUGUAAAACCAGGAAUCUGCUUUUGUUUGUAUACAUGUCACCGAUUUGAAAAGCUCAUGCGCCCAUAUCAGAUUCCCGAGAUGCUGCGGAUGCCAUUGGUAGAAUUGUGUUUACAGAUAAAAUUACUCUCUCUCGGUAACGUAAAGCCAUUUUUGUCGCAGGCUCUAGAACCACCAAGGGAAGAGGCUAUCAAUUCAGCAAUCUCAUUGUUAUAUGAGGUUGGCGCCAUUGAAGGGGAUGAAGAGUUGACACCUCUUGGAUAUCAUUUGGCCAAACUCCCAGUUGAUGUAUUGAUUGGAAAGCAAAAAUAUAUUUUGGUAUCUGCUGCAAUUCGUGACUUCUACUUGAUGCACCCAGAGUUAUCUUUAUAUGCUCACCAGACAGUUAGAGUUUGCAAGCCAUCAUAUAAGCCUAUCACUGCCACUUCUUACACAGAGAUCUUCAUUCCUUUUGCCUGUCCUUCCUCCAUGAUUACCAAUACACUGAUGAUGAUAUAUGGGGGGAUAUUUGGUUGCUUAUCACCUAUUCUCUCUAUUUCAGCAUUUUUGAGCUAUAAAUCACCUUUUGUCUAUCCAAAAGAUGAGUUGCAAAAUGUUGAAAGAGCGAAAUUGGCAUUGUUGACUGAUAAGUUAGGUAGUGCAACUGAUUCAGACAAUGGUAACAGGCAAUCUGACCACCUAGUGAUGAUGGUUGCAUAUAAGAAGUGGGACAAGAUUCUACGUGAGGUUGGUAAUUGUGAGCAUUUACUUUGA